GCAUCACUAAAGGUAAAGUAAGGAAUUAAAAUAGAAGCAUGUAUGUACUAAUAUCAGUCUCACUUGCUUGACUGUGAGAUUAGAACAUGCAUGUUUCUUGCUGUAAUCAACUGCCUAAUUUCCUGGCGUCACAAAAGUUUUGUUGGGCAGGUGGACAUGAAGACUACCUUACACUUUUCCUCAGUCGCUUGGCCUGAAAUUCAUCAACUCAAGGCACCGCACCCACAAGAGUAACGUUUUUUCUCAUUAAGAGCAGUUAACAUCUGGAACAAGCUGCCGGAAAAGGUUAUCAUCACCUGUAAUGUUAACUUCUAAAAAUAAAUGACCAGCAUGUUAGACACCUUGAGAGCAGGCACCCCCUUGUAAAAAAGCUCCCAAGUUCUUAAAGUGAAGUAUCAACUGAUACUACUAUUACAGCAGCAAUCUUGCACUAGGUUUUUCUAUAGAUUAUGUGUUGUAUUUUAUUUUUCUGAAUGCAUUGCAGUAAUUAAUAGCUUCCAGGAAAGUAAAAAAGAGAAAAUAUUGGUCACUUUUUAGCACAGUAUAGCACAUUAAAUUUGGCAGCAGGAUUAGGUUAGGUUAGGUUAGGGUUUUUAACUGUGAUCAUUUGCAAUAAAUGUGUGAUAUGCUUCACGCUAUUAAACUGUAGAGUAGGUGAUGGUAAUCUGCAUAUUCCCCAACUAGCACUAGGUACACUACAGAGAAGGUGCUGUUAAUUGGGAUCAAACUCAUACACUCUUCGUCAUGAGCCGAACGCCAUACUCACUGAGCCACCCAACCCCCUUAACCUGUAAGUUGUGACGGCACCACCGGGCUACUCCUGAGCAAGUGACAUACACCCACAUAAAGCCCCUAUCUACUUACCAAGGUCAUUCAAGCCUAUCAUUCAAGGUACCACCUGUCAACCCCUUCUCGGCAUCCCUUGAGCCAUCACUGGUGGUCAAGGUAGAGACCAGAAAAUUUUAUUUUAACAGGAAUGACAGGUAAACGAAUAGUUUGAAAAGAAGGCCUCAUUCAUUGAACUGAAACUCAAUGAAUAGUUACCUAUUGGUGCUAAAAUAGUAACCUAUUGCUUUUAAAACAGUACUAUGCUAUUGCCAAAUUUGCUCUGGUGCUUUUGUAACUUUCCAGCAAAACCAAAUCAUCACAUGAAAGAACAUCAUCAUUUACCCAUAAAUAAACAGUGUGUCGUUAAAACAGACUUCUCAGGUCUGCUAAAGAAUUUCUCCAAAAUCACCCUAGAGAACUUAAUCAAUAGACAGCUCAGUCAUCUUCAAUAUACCUUAAAAUCUUCUCUUAUUUGCUUAUAGAUAUAUUUUCUCUGGUGCCAAACUAUAAAUUACAUAUUUAACUGCCAAUAUAAAAGGCUGGUGGUUCUGUGGUUAUGCACCAACCAAAAGGUUGUGUAUUCAAUCCUGGCUCACAGCAGCCCCUUGGUGAGGGAGAUAGUAUUAUUUUGUGACCCUAGCAGAGCUACAGGAUCUUCGCUACUUAGCUCAGGGAUUCUUGAAUCGCCUGUAGCUAUAAGGGGUGAUCAGUCUGUGCUAGAAUGGUUGUUUCAUGAAGUAUGAGCAGUACAACUGUGUUGCUGCUGGCAUGGGCUGGUCUCCUACUGUCUGCCUGGCCCCUGGACAGGGUGGUUGAAAAUUUAGUGCCAAGACUUCCCCCUAAGUCACUGCUAAGAGCCAUAGAUACAGCUGUUCAUGGGUUCAUUGGAGGUUUCUCCUAUUGGAUGGCAUGCAUAAUCUGCCCCCAGCUGGUGCUGAACAUCUCCUCAUGGCUUUCUCAGCUUGGCUUUGGGCUUGCAAAUAACAAAAAUCGAGCUUCACAAGAGAUCCUGUGGCUUGAUGUGUUCUACAGUUUCUGCGUUGCAUUUGUGAUCUCUUGUAGUAUUGACUUGGAUCACAUUAUCAAGGACUUGUUUCUAGUCAUAACUGGCCAGUCACCUGCUCAGUGGGAGAGAGGAUGGCUGCACUUCUCCCUGCCCCCACUGGUUCUGUCUUGCACUCUGUAUUUAUCAGCCCUGCUGUUCCACUCACUCUGGUGUAUCCCUUGUGCCACUCUCUGCAUACUUAGCAUCAUCAGUCACCACAUACGCGAUGGAGUACAUCAUGGGUUACAGUUUUACCCAUUGGGCAACACUCCUAAGAUACCAUACUGGCUCUACAUUGUACUUACCCUAGUUUUACCAGUAAUAACAAGCAAAUUUUCAUCAUCCAUCAUAUUACAAGUGAAAUCUGCAGUUGCUUUGCCUGUUAGAAACAGUCUAGAAAUUGUCUAAAAGGGAAAUAGACAUUUUAUUAUCAUUUUUACCUGGGACAUUAGAAACGUACAGAAAUCAGAAGGUUCUAGUGUGGUCACUGAAUGUGUGUUGCCAUUGCACUUUGCAGGAAAGGUGUAUGGAAUAACUGUACUGUGCAGCACUUAUGACAUGUGGGUGCAUAUGAAAUAUAGUGGUACUAAAGGUAGGCUGUAGACUGUUUCAAGGUUUGAAUGUACAAUUUGUUGAAUAACGGAUUGGGAUGGGGCUUAGAUACAUUAGUGUAGUGAUGAAAAGGAAUAGGCUGAGGUGGUUUGGUGGAUGAGGGCAGCGAGGUGGAGUUGGUGAGAGUUGUAAAUGUUGAUGGGGAGUAGUUGGAGACCAAAGAUGUGGGAGGUCAGGCAGAAAGGCCCAUUCACAAAUCAGUGAAAAGCAAGGAGGCUUCAGGAAGGGAAGGGGAUGUGUGGAUCAGAUUUUUGCCUUCAGGAUGGUAGUAGAAAAAAUAAUAGCAAAAGGAAAGAAACUCUACGCUGCCUUCAUGGAUUUGGAAAAAGCUUAUGACAGAGUCGAUUGGUUUGCAUUGUGGGAUGUUUUAAA